UUUCUACUUUUUUUUUAAUACUACAAAUUUGAAAUGUAGUGCCACAUUCUGAUACUGUUAGGAAAUCAGUAAUAUCAGCUCCGUGUAGGAAGCUGUUCUGAAGUGUUUUUGUAUUUUAUGCAUUUGAUUUUGUACGUCUGGUUUUUAAAUAAACUGUGGUCUGCAUAACUUCAGCCGAGUUCUCAGAGCUCUCUUUCACACUCAUAAAAUGCACCAAUUGCAGCCGUGGUUGUGGGUGUUUGUGGGAAAAUCAAAUCUUUGUGUUUCAGUUUGAAGAAUUUCCCAAUAUGGCAUUUCCUGUAAAUAAAACAUACAUAUAAAAAAAAAAACCAAACAACAACAAAAGACCUUGUAUGUAUAUAAAAACCAUGUAAAGACUGGCAUUCUACUGAUUGACUCUAUAUGUGUAUUUACAUUUCUGGGCAGCCUGGUCUAGUGGUUGGCGACCCUGCCCACAGCAGGAGGGUUGAAACCUGCUUUGCAGGAGGUAAGCAACCUGCUUUGGCAGGGGGGUUGGUCUCGAUGAUCUCUAGAGGUCCCUUCCAACCCCUACAAUUCUGUGAUUCUGUGAAACUAGGUGAUCUUUGAGGUCCUUUUCAGCCCAGGCCAUUCUAUGAUUGUAUAUAUUUAACUCAUCAGAAGCUCUUAUUUGAUUGAAGAGUGAGUAUUAUUACUACUAUAAUAAUGAAGCAAUGAUAGGGAUUGAGUGCUGAGAGUCAGAGCACACAAGGUAGAAGUGUUGCGUUGCUUUGGAGAGAGAGGCUGAGAAAAACUUGGAAUGCAAAGAGAGAACUCAGUUGUGCAUUUCAAGAGGGAAAACUUGGACGUUGGAACCUGAACUUGUUUGCAACUGUUACGCUUUGAAGCACAUAUAGACCUUGAGUUGUAUUCUCUGAAGGUUGAAUGCUUUAACUUUGUGACAUGCAAUAGAAAAAGUGAGUGAAAAUUGGAGUUUAUCGUGAGGAUAGAAAUACUAUGCUUAUUUAUACCCUCAUGCAGCUUCUUCAGUGUAAUAACAACACAGAGACUAUCACACUGUGAUAGUUUGAUGGUGUAAAUUAAUAAUUUGGCUUAAAAGAACAUGAGGUAUUUAGGGUUACGUGCUCACUAAGUUAGAGACAGGAUAAAGCUCUGAGUUCCUUGCUUCCUGGUCUGUCUGCGCAGCAUUGUAUCUUGCUUCAUCCUUACCUCACUUGUAAAUAAAAGCUGGAUAACCAGCUGAAAAAUCUUGAUCUCACCUUCGUGACGACCUCAGGAAACUUUAAAAAUCAUUCUUGCAUUGGCCACUGCCAUGUAUUUCCAUCUAUUUAGAGAAGCAAAAGUGAGAAAUCGCUCAGUCUCUUCUGCUGGCAUAGCUCUGUGAGCCCUGGUGACAGCGUGUGUUUUGGUCCAACCUAAACGACCGGCCUUGUGAGCAGGAGGAGCAGCAGCGCUGCACAGCACCGUGUUGCACCACAGCUCCAUCUUGCAGUGCAUCUGUGGUCCCACAGCGCUAUUUUUGGCCCUUCUGUCACGUGUGACAGAGAGAACAGCUUUCUUCCGUGUGGCCUCUGCUUGUCGGUGCCCGUAUGUGAGGCUGGGACAACUGGUGCACGCGCUGCCAUUUGGUGUGCAGAGAUGCGUGGCUGUGAGCACACGGCGCAGGCGGGAUGUGAGCAGCUGUCGGCUUGCAGGCUGCAGGGGAGGGAUUUUAUGCUGAUAUGAAGCCUCUCGGCCCUCUGACCAAACCCUACUGUCCUCACCUCAGAGAGUAGAACUUAGCCACUGGGAAAGACUCCUGUGCUGAUACUGCAAUGCCGAGUCCCAGCUUGACCAGUGUGAAGAGCUGUCCUUUGAAGAAGAGGAUCUAUUUCCUGCUGAAACUCGUGUGCUUUGUCAGCUCUGUGCUGGUAUUUUGUGAAUUUUUCAUUUAUUACGUGGUAAUUUUUCAAUGUCGAUGGCCGGAUGUGAAAGGUGGGGCUCACACAGCUAAUGAAGAGACCUCAACUUCAGUCCUGAAGGCCAUGUUUUUAGCUGAUACUCACCUGCUUGGUGAAAUCAAAGGACAUUGGCUGGAUAAACUACGAAGGGAAUGGCAAAUGGAGAGAUCUUUCCAAACUGCUUUGUGGUUACUGCAGCCAGAUAUUGUUUUUAUUCUGGGAGAUGUCUUUGAUGAAGGAAAAUGGGACUCACCUCAGGCAUGGGCAGAUGAUGUCAGGAGAUUUCAGAAAAUGUUUAAGUAUCCAGUUAGUACUGAGCUGGUGGUUAUUGUUGGGAAUCACGACAUCGGGUUUCAUUAUGAAACAACCACUUACAAGGUACAUCGAUUUGAAAAAGUUUUCAACUUUACUUCAGGAAAGCUAAUAACUCGAAAAGGAACAAACUUUGUCCUCGUGAACAGCGUGGCCAUGGAGGGCGAUGGCUGCACCCUGUGCCGCACUGCAGAGGCGAAGCUGGUGGCGCUUUCUCACAGACUGAACUGCUCCCAGCAGGAACUGAACCAUCCCGAGAAGAGGUGCAGUGAUGCAGAAAAGCCUCCAGCUUCACAACCAAUCCUUCUGCAGCAUUACCCUCUCUAUCGGAAAAGUGAUGCAGAAUGCAGUGGAGAAGAUGCUGCCUCUCCGGAGGAGAAGACCAUCCCAUUUAAAGAGAAGUACGAUGUGCUGUCUCAGGAAGCAUCACAAAAGCUGCUGUGGUGGUUCCAUCCCCGCCUGAUUCUCAGCGGGCACACGCACAGCGCCUGCCAAGUGCUGCACGCGGGGGGGAUCCCGGAGAUCAGCGUCCCAUCGUUCAGUUGGAGGAAUAGAAACAACCCUAGUUUCAUCAUGGGCAGCAUAACACCAACUGACUUCUCCCUCCACAAAUGCUUCCUUCCACGUGAGAGCAGAGUCUUCGCUAUAUACUGGGCAGCAGGAGCCCUGCUCGUCGUCCUGGUGCUAGCUCAUUUUCAGCUUCUCACUCCACCAUUUUAUUUUGCUCAGCGUUUAAUCAGUAAGCAUAAAGCAGCAUGAAGAGCCAGACAUCUGCAUUCAGUCACUGAAAUACCAAAGCUGAGAACAGUCAAACAUCAGACUAUAUUCAUGCCAGCAAAUGACCUAAAUUUGAUUGCUAGUCUGAAGGCAGGUUGCAUUUACACAUACCAUAGAAGUCCUAUACAGCUGAUAUGACUACUACAGGAUAAAUAAGUAACUGAAAUGAACGUUCCAUGCUGUACAAAAAUACUGUAUUCUACAAUCAAAUGAGUCCUUUUCCUGCUAUAAUUUUUGUAUCAAAUAUGUAUAUUAAAAGUGUAACUGUACAUUA